AGUCUCCCAGUAAUCAUGGCUUUUCUUUCUCUUCCCCCUCAGGUUUUGGAUGGUAUGCUUGCUCAGUAUGGUGCAGUCGAGAGCUGUGAACAAGUCAACACUGACACAGAGACUGCAGUCGUCAAUGUUCGAUACACAGCCAAGGACCAGGCCAGGCUGGCAAUGGAGAAGCUGAAUGGAUCUAUGAUGGAGAACUAUGCCUUGAAAGUGUCCUAUAUCCCAGAUGAAACGGCAGCGCUGGAGGGUCCUUCACCGGGGGGCAGGAGAGGCUUUAACUCACGGGGACCCCCUCGCGCAGGCUCUCCAGGUCUGGGCGCGCGGCCCAAAGUGCAGUCAGACAUCCCACUGCGCAUGCUGGUUCCAACGCAGUUUGUAGGCGCCAUCAUCGGCAAGGAGGGUGCCACUAUUCGCAACAUCACCAAACAGACCCACUCAAAGAUUGACAUCCACAGGAAAGAGAACGCAGGCGCAGCAGAGAAGCCCAUCACGAUCCACUCCACCCCUGAGGGAUGUUCGAACGCCUGCAGAACCAUCAUGGAAAUCAUGCAGAAGGAAGCCAUCGACACAAAAUUCACUGAGGAGAUUCCACUGAAGAUCCUUGCACACAACAACUUUGUAGGAAGACUAAUCGGGAAGGAAGGACGCAACCUGAAAAAAAUCGAGCAGGACACAGAGACCAAGAUCACAAUCUCACCUCUCCAGGACCUGACCCUGUACAACCCAGAGCGGACCAUCACAGUCAAGGGCACCAUAGAAGCAUGUUCAAGAGCUGAAGAGGAGGUGAUGAAGAAGGUCGGGGAGUCUUAUGAGAGCGACAUGGCUGCUAUGAAUCUCCAGUCCAACCUGAUUCCAGGCUUGAAUCUGAAUGCUUUGGGUUUGUUCCCCAGCGGAGCACCAGGCAUGGGUUCCAACAUGACCAGUGUCCCACCCCCUGGAGCCCACGGUGGAUGUUCAUCAUUUGGAGGACACCCAGAGUCUGAGACGGUUCACCUGUUCAUCCCUGCGCUUGCAGUGGGGGCCAUCAUCGGAAAACAGGGUCAACACAUCAAACAGCUGUCACACUUUGCCGGGGCCUCAAUUAAGAUUGCCCCUGCUGAAGGAAUGGAUGCCAAACUGAGGAUGGUAAUCAUCAUAGGACCGCCAGAGGCUCAGUUUAAGGCUCAGUGUCGCAUCUUUGGCAAACUGAAGGAAGAGAAUUUCUUUGGACCUAAGGAGGAGGUGAAGCUGGAGGCUCACAUCAAGGUUCCCUCCUUUGCUGCUGGACGAGUCAUCGGGAAAGGCGGAAAAACUGUGAAUGACCUGCAGAACCUGACGUGUGCAGAGGUGGUGGUGCCCAGGGACCAGGCGCCUGACGAGAACGACCAGGUCAUAGUCAAGAUUAGCGGACACUUCUUUGCGUGCCAG